AUGCAACCCUUGCCACCUGCAGCCUCUUUCAACUCUUCAAUUUUCGACCUUGGUCCUCAUCUCCAAACCUACACUUCUCCCACCACGGUAUCGAGUCAAUCUUGUUACUCUUUCACAGUGCCUGCUCCUCUCGUCAAAGGAGACGAGGAACUGCCCGACGUGGCCGCCGACCUCUGCCCACAAUGCGCUUCCAUCGACCUUUACGCUCUCAUGCAUGAGGGGAAACCAGGCAGUCGGAAUAGCAGUGUCUCACUGAGAAUCGAGAUUUCAUCCCCGUGUCCACUCUGUCAGUUCUUCAUUGCCACUGUGGCAAGCAACAAGCUAUUUCCCGCCAACCCAGACCACGAACUCGAGUUCGAGCUCAAACCUUUGGAGUCGCAAUGGGCCUUUUCUGAUUACUUCUACGAUGCUCUCAAGUCGUGGUCUCAAGUCGUGGACCCAACCUUCAGUCUACGCCGCCUAGAACCGGGUAGGAUCGACUUUUCGUCAAUCAGAGGUUGGUUGAGCUAUUGCAAAGCGCACCAUAAGGAUUUUUGCGGAAUCUUGCGAGGAUAUCCACGUCAGCUCUCAUGCUUGAAAGUGAUCGAGUGCGAGACUGGCGCAAUCAUUAAACUCCCCGAGGACUGUGAGUUUGCCGCCCUGAGUUACGUUUGGGGCCAGCAGUGCGAUGAGCAGAGCACAGCCUCGAGGGCUGGCUUUCUACCGCCUCAUGUGCCCAAGACCAUCAGCGACGCCAUCCAGGUCACGAUCCGUCUCAACAUUCAGUAUCUAUGGGUCGAUCAAUACUGUAUCAAUCAGAAGGAUCAAACUGAGUUGGGCGAGCAGAUUGGAAUAAUGGAUAUCGUCUACCAACUUGCUACUGUCACACUCAUUGCAGCCUGUGGGGAGGAUGCCUCGUUCGGUCUCCCAGGAGUUAGCUCGAUACUGCGAGACAAGCAACCAGCCUCAAAGAUCAACGGUCGCACGUGGGUAGCUGCCCAGAUCACCUUAGAGAAUCGAAUCAUCGGCUCUAAGUGGUGGUCUAGGGCCUGGACAUAUCAAGAAGGGUUCUUCUCCAGGCGCCGCCUCUUCUUUACUGAGACCGAGAUCUUUUUCGAAUGCAACACCAUCUGUACUCAAGAGGGCCUAACCUACGAUCUUCACCAUCUAAGCGAAAUUGUUGGCAAUCGCAAAAGAUCUUUAUUUCACGGCGCAUUCGGCUUCAGCCAAGGAAUCUGGAUGAACAUAUCACCAAGUCCCUUGUGGCGUGGCGCCAUCCCAUGGAGGCCAGACGAGGCGGAAUUCCCAGGCUACUUUGAUGCUGUCUUUACAGAUACCCUUCUGUGGCGCUUACGGGGCCCUUCGCAUCGUAGGCCUGGCUUCCCUAGCUGGUCCUGGACUGGAUGGCUUGGACCGCUACGCGAGUUCGAUGCCUGGAUGAUUGAAGUAAGAGGGUUGACAAUGGGUGUCAAGGUCUUUCUUCAGAAGAAUGAUGGGACAUGGAAGCGGAUCUCAGAGUCAGUCGUUGCCGAAAUCGACGCAGGAAACGUUUCAGGCACUGUUCCCUAUUCGCCAAUACUCCGCAUCGAAACUUGGGUGGUCCAGGUCACCUUCAAGUACCUGCCUAAUAACGACUUUCAGAGCCUCCAAGAUCUACUGGGCACAACCUUUGGUAAGGUUGUUUACUAUGUAGUCCUUCCAAUGACUGACCCAGACUCGUCACCUGGAAGUCACCCCACAGGGUAUUGGCCAUUGAUCCCGACAAUUGCCGUGGACGGCAAUGAUGAGCUGCACCAAGAGCUGUGUGAGGAAACAUUCGACUGCCUUCUGUUUUCACCGAGGGCACAGCAUGGGCUAGUCGUAAGGAAGGUGCGCGAUGUCUCGGAGAGAUUAGGAUAUCUCAACAUAAAGCCUUUCAUCAUGAAAAAUGAUGGCCCGUCGGAGUCUGAGCCAUCUUUGGAGUAUUACACAUCAGCCAAGAGGUUUACUGAUUACCUUCCUAUGACCACAAAGACAGUCAUGUUAGGCCCGGCCCUCGAUGGGUUAACCGAGCCCGAAGAUCGACGGAUAACUACAAAUACCGACUCGUUUCCCAACCCAGACUCUCCUGCAGUGAUUCACGUCGUUAGAUGA